AUGGGUGAACAUGACCUUGUCUUUCGCCUCGGGUACAAUGGGAAUGGAGGCAUUUCAUCUGGAAAUCAUAGCUUCCUACCCAGGGGAGGACAACUUUCAACCUAUCCCCACAAUGGUGAGGCUGGAAGUUCCAAUGCCAAUGACGAGGCUAGGAAUAUUGGGGAUAUUCUACUGUUCGUGGAAAAUUCCCGAAGUGAGUCACAAGAGAAUCAAAAUAGCUUCAUGGAGGCCAUAAUAAACAGACUUGCUCCAGGUGGAUUAGCACAACCAGUAGUAGGGGUUAGCUUGGGACAAUUCCUUCAGACUCAACCACCAUCAUUUUCCAAGGCCGUGGACCCCCUUGAGGCCCAUGACUGGUUGCUGGAAAUUGAAAAAAAGCUUGAGACAGUUGGUUGCUCAGAUGAGGAGAAGGUGAGGUACGCAGCCCACCAAUUGAAAGGUCUUGCUGGGGCUUGGUGGUCAAACUUUAAGCACAAUCAUGCUGAAAAUGAACCUGUUACAUGGGCAGUGUUCAAACAAGCUUUCACCUUGGCAUUUGUUCCAAAUGGAAAAGUAUCAAUUAAGAAGAGGGGGUUUCGAAAUUUAAGCCAAGGGAAUAAAAGGCUGGGAGAGUAUGUGCAUCAAUUCACUGAAUUAUCAAGGUAUGCCCCUGACGAUGUGAACACUGAGGAGAAAAAGGUUGAGAAAUUCAUGGAAGGAUUACACCCAUUCCUCCGGAUGCACUUGAGACCAAUGUUUUUAAGGCGUCGCUUUGGCGUCGCCUAA